AUGGCCUACUCAUCACUGCUGUUAGAUCAAGUGCUUUCUCACAUCCACGAGCGUACAUCGCAACAGGAGUUUAGAAGAGUGGAGGCAAUGCAGAUCCUAAACUCGUUAACCUCGUUCUUAGCAUCUUUCGAGGGUGAAAAUAACGCCCUGCAAACUCUUUCGAAUAGUUCCCUAGCAAUAUGCAGAAGUGCUAUGCUGGAAGUCCUGGAAUUCGGAUCUAAGGUUGAGCCACUGGAUAAUGAGUACUGUAUUUAA